AGAGACAGAGAGAGAGAGAGAGAGAGAGAGACAGAGAGAGAGAUACCAAGUCUUCGUCUUUGCAUUUGUGUGUCUUAUUGAACAGGCGUCUCAAACUGUUUUCUGUCUGCUGGACGCGUUUAUGCAUCCGAUCGUCAGAGAAGGAAGCUGUAGAACCUCAGAAGAGGAAGAGGAAGAGGAAGAAGAAGAAGAAGAAGAAGAGGAAGAAGAAGAAGCACAGGUGGUCUUCAGGAAGUGAACAGCAUGGGUGCUCAGGCCACGUUCGCCGUCCUCUUUCUGCUCACAGCUAUGGCCAACGCUAAGAUCAAACGUACGACCAACGAUGGGAUCACACCUACGGGCAACACUUAUCCUCUUCCAGGAGAGGUAGAAUUCUGGAAGGAAAAAUUCACAAUGCGUUGUCCUGAAAACGGGACUUGGUUCAAGAAACAUGCCGAUAUAAAUCAUACAAGCGCAACGUAUACUCAAACGUAUAGUGGCAAAACCAAAGGCUUAUACCACUGCAAAUACGAGCCAAAAGGCAAAGAAGAGAAAUAUCAUUUCUUCUACGUAAAAGGAAAAGGGUGCGCUGACUGCUUUGAGGUGGCCCCGGGAAUUCUCGCGGCGGCCAUUGUUGUGGACGUGGUGGGGACGGCGUGCGUGAUGCUGAUGGUCUUCAGGUGCACCAAGAAGAAAAGCUCGGCCGCCUCCAAAGCACCAGCUCGCCCGGGAGGCCGGCCUCCACCUGCCCCGUCUCCUCACUACGAGCCCCUGAACCUCCACACUCGCUCCGAGGGUCCUUACUCCACCGUGAGCAGGACGGGAUAGAGCCGAGUCAGCUGUUCUCCAGGGACCAACACCACCCUUCAUGCUCCCGGCAGGCUAACUCCACCUUUUCCCCGCUCACGCAUUUUCUCACUUACCCCUGGUAUCAGGAAUGUUUCUAUCCCCGUGUGUUACCGUGGUUACAGAGAUGGGUGGCAUGUAACCUGUAGUGCUCACAGUAUUUUACAGUUACUUGUAAAAAAGUUUUUGAGAUGCAUUGAUGGUGCAGGAUUCAAAUGUUCAGGGUUUCAUUUAUAAUUACGAAUGAAAAACAGGUGAAAACAAAGAAAAGACGCCACGUGCAUCAACAAUGCAGCUUUCUUUGCAACAGUAUCAUCAAGCUGUCAACGUCCCAUGAGCUCGUCUGACGGGAACAUGACGCUGCUUAUAAUAUUUCAAAAGUGGUCUUUCUACAACGUGAGCAGCUUAAACAAAUCCCCUCGAGCGACUUUAUUACGUAGAUGCAUAAAACUCCAAUUUAAAGUAAAUGCGUGUGGCUAAAUACCGUGAGAGGUAAGAAGGAAAAACCAUUAAAUGUACAUAAACGGUUCUGCUCUGAUGCUGUUUAAUGCUGUUAUGGAGAUGAUUUUUCUGAUGUUUCUAAUAUUAAUGUGUGUAAAUGUAAAGAAUAUAACCUUCCAUCUACAAAUAUUCAUGUCCCCAAAAAUGAAGGAUUACCAGCUUUGUAAAGAUAGAAUCGAUGUACAGCUGCACCAAAUAAAGAGGCCAUUGAGUGUGUAUCUACAUGUACAUUUGCAGUGUACUGACCCUUUAAUAUAAAAGCAGAAAGACUUCUUAAUAUAGUUAAUAGUGUAAUUAAUAAAAAACAUACUGUUAUUUCAAAUAAAGAGAUGAACGCCUGUUUUUUUUAGUUAUCUAAUGUUUUGUCAGACAUUUUGGUAUUUUCACUGUAAUCUGCUGCAUUAAUCUUCGUGUUACUGUGACGGACGCAGGUGUCACUAAUAAACGAAGUAAAAAGCC